AGGUAAAAACUUGGGCCACGACUUGCAGGCGAAAGUUGCUUGCGGGUGAUGGUGGUACAGUUGUACGUCAAUUUGUUUCCUUGGCGCGGUGGCUCAGCCGGGGAGCCCUCUUUCGCCCAAAGCUUGAUGUCUUCGUCUUCCUUGCUCCUCUUCCUCGACCUGUCCCGAUUCUUCCAUCAAGCGGACCGGGCCUCCUUACUCCCCUUCCGCGCCUUCUCCGCUUCCGUCUCCUCCACUUCCCUCUCUACAUAUCCGACCCGGAGCCUCCUCUCGAUCCAUCCCGUGCUCUCAGUCUCCAGAUCCACCGUGAGGUCAUUAUCUGAGAAGGGAGGCGGCGAUGGAGGAGGCGCUGUCGUUCGGAGUCAGCAGGAGAAUACGGAGGGGGAGUUGGCCGAAGCGGAGAAGGAGUUUGUGGCAGAUGGCGUCGGUAUUAGCGGCACAAGUGAGUCGGAACCUUCAUUUCAGCAGCAGGAGAAGAGACGCAGGAUGGUGGCCUCUGCGGAUUCGAUCUCGCUUGGCAUCAGAGAACCUGUGUACGAGGUGAUUGAAGUUAAAUCAGAUGGUACAGUGUCUACAAGGAAGAUUAACAGGCGACAAUUGUUGAAAUCUAGCGGCCUACGACCCAGAGAUGUCAGGAGUGUAGACCCAUCAUUGUGGCUGAUGAAUUCAAUGCCAUCUUUGCUGGUGCGAGAACAAGCUAUAUUAAUGAAUUUGGGCUCCUUAAGGGCAAUUGUUAUGAAUGAACGUGUUCUUAUAUUUGAUUAUAACAGAAAAGGAGGGAGAGCCUUCUUAAAAACAUUGUUGCCUCGCUUAAAUUCUAAAAGCAACAGCGGUGGACUUGCCAUGCCUUUUGAGCUCGAGGUUGUUGAAGCUGCACUACUUUCUCGAAUAAACCGGUUGGAGCACAGAAUAAUGGAUAUUGAACCUCGUGUGGUUGCAUUACUUGAAGUUCUUCUUCUUCCCAAUAGAUUGACAGCCGAUGUGUUGGAAGAUCUACGUCUGAGCAAACAAACUUUGGUUGAAUUGGGUUCACGAGCAGGAGAGUUGAAACAGAUGCUUCUUGAUCUUCUUGAGGAUCCUCAUGAAAUUCGUCGCAUAUGCAUAAUGGGGAGAAAUUGCACAAUUCGCCGGGGGAGUAAUGACGUGGAAUGUUCCCUUCUCUUGGACAAACAAAUUGCUGAAGAAGAAGAGGAAGAGAUCGAAAUGCUCUUGGAGAAUUAUCUUCAACGAUGUGAAUCCUGCCAUGGUCAAGCUGAAAGACUUCUUGAUUCUGCCAAGGAAAUGGAAGACUCUAUUGCUGUGAACCUGAGCUCUCGCCGACUUGAAGUUAGUAGAGUAGAGUUGCUUCUCCAAGUUGGGACGUUCUGUGUUGCAGUUGGGGCUUUAGUAGCAGGAAUAUUCGGCAUGAAUCUAAGAUCCUACCUUGAGGAGCAUGCGUGGGCAUUUUGGUUGACUACAACAGGGAUAAUAUUUGGCGCAGUGGCUGCGUUUUUUCUACUCUACUCUUAUCUCAAGUCGAGAAGGAUCUUGUGAUCUUCCCAGCAUUUUCAUCGAUUCUGAAGGCAGUUGUGAUUGAACAUAGAAGUGAAAUAGGUUGGCAUUUAGUUGGGUUCAUUAUUUGCUCCUUCCUCUGUUUAAUCAAAUUUUGUUGCUGCGCACCAUGAUACAUUGGUCAGACGAGAUCGAUCCUUUCUAUUGAUCUAAAAGUUAGUCACCGACAAAUUUCUUCA